CACAUCUGAACAUGAUGCGAAAAGCCUGUAUAAGAUCUGGACCUAAAUCGUACAUGUCUAAUAACUUGAAACAAGCAAGUUGGGAUCAUUUGGAGUCUGUGGCCGAGGGUUUUCUGGGCAGGUGUUCAGCAGCAGAAUGACGGGCGGUGGGAUUGUUCAGGAGUUUUCUCAGGUGUGUUGGUGAUUCCAGCUGGACUCAUGGACUCUAGAGUCAGUUUUGACUCUGAUCUGCACCUCAUGAUCACUGAUCUGGAGAGUCCAGCUGAUGAAGAUGUGGUUCAUGAUUCGUUCAGUCAGCUCAUUAAAGAACAGAGUCAUGACCUUCACACUGAUGUCAUGGAGAUGACCGCACAGGACCUGCAGGAGGAGAGCAGAGAUGAUGUGGCGUGUCUGGAUGCUCCAGAGUACCACCGGUCUGACGAGCUGCAGCAAACGGACGCUCUGAUUGGAGAAUGCUGGUCAUCUGACACACUCAAAGUCCUCUCGUCCAUGCCCAGCCGUACCAUCGGUCGCAGUCGCGGGGCGAUCAUCUCCCAGUAUUAUAACCGCACGAUGCAGCUGCGCAGACGCAGGCAGAGCAGACCGUCUGUCACGCACUUCCCGCGGUCUGCGCGGCCCAGUAUCCUCGGUUACCGUGUGGAAACUGAUGGAGCGGAUUUAGAUGAAGGAGAGAAUAAGAGGGAGCAUCUGGUGAAUAAUUUGCAGAAUCUGUCCAUGAGUGAUCGUGUUCGUAUGUUGAGGGCGAUGCCACUGAGUCUAGGGGAGAAGAAAGAGCUCAGACUGUUGGUGUUGAAUAAAGCCAAACACUCACUCUCUCAGAGUCAGCUCCCCUGCUGCAGUCAACUCAAGUAUUACAUCAUCAUUGCAGUGAGACACGGCUGGUACAGCUGGUUAUCGUUCCUGUUGUCUCUUCAGUUGUGGCAGACGGCUCUGAAGCGUGUCGGCGGUCGGUUCGGGACAGGCGUGCUCUCUUAUUUUGUCUUUCUCAGAACUCUCCUCUUCUUCAACAUCUUUCUGUUCCUCAUCACGGGUUUGUUUCUGGUGGUUCCUCAGGCUGUGAGUCAUCCGGAUCAGGACCGGAACACCUCCGUCAGGAGCACAUGGGGUCUGGAGGUGCUCACAGGAGCCGGUUAUUUCUCACAUUCGCUGCUGUAUUACGGUUACUAUAGUAAUUACACACUUCAGUCGGAGCGCAGCUGCUCUGAAUCAGUGAACAGGAUGUCCUGUAGUUCUGCUCUGUCAUAUAACAUGCCUCUGGUUUACUUCUUCACCAUCGGUGUGGCGUUCUUCAUCACCUGCAUCAUCCUCGUGUACAGCAUGUCCAAGUCGUUUGGUCAGAGUUUUCGUAUCGAUAAGUCUAAAGGACUUUUGGCCAUUAAAGUUUUCAGCUCUUGGGACUUUAAAGUCAGUAAGAAAUCUUCAGUCAGACUCCAGCGGGAAAACAUCGCCACACAACUCAAAGAGCUGGUGGCUGAGGUGAACUGUCAGGAGUUGAAGAUUCCUGUCCUCCAGCGAUUUUUCCGGCUGUUUAUUCACAUGUUGGCGUGGCUCAUGUGUUUGGGCAGCACACUGGCAUGUGUGCUUGCCGUGUAUUACUUCUCUGAACACAUGCACAAGGACUUGAUAAAUCGUGCUCGCUCGAACACGAGCUCCUCUAACGAUCUGUUACUGAAGGAGGCGAGUCUGUUAGCUCUUCCUGUGGUCGUGUCCAGCAUCAAUCUGCUCCUGCCUGGAUUCUUCAACGCUGUGGCCUGGAUGGAGGAGUAUGAUUCUCCCAGCGUGCUCAAUUACGUCUCAGUUGGCAGGAACUUGUUGUUGAAAGUGAGUGUUUUGGGGGUGCUGUGUUAUUAUUGGCUGGGGCGAGUGGCGUCAAACCCUCAGAGUCUGGGAUUACAGUGCUGGGAGAGUUUUGUUGGGCAGGAGUUGUACCGUUUCCUUCUAAUGGACUUUAUCUUCAUGCUGCUCGACACAUUCAUCGGCGAGUUUCUGUGGAGGUUGUUUUCUCAGAGAGCUCUAAAGAGAAAAAGGAAACCCGUGUUUGAUAUCGCACGGAACGUUUUAGAGCUCAUCUACGGACAAACUCUCGCUUGGUUGGGUGUGCUGUUUUCCCCUCUGUUACCUGCUGUUCAGAUUAUUAAACUGCUGUUUCUCUUCUACAUGAAGAAGGUGAGUCUGAUGAUGAACUGUCAGGCAUCUGGUAAACCGUGGCGCGCCUGUCAGAUGACCACCAUCUUCAUCACGCUGCUCUGUUUCCCGUCUUUUCUGGGCUCUGCCGUGUGCGUCACAUAUACCAUGUGGACGAUAAAGCCAUCUGGCAGCUGCGGUCCAUUCCAGGGUUUGAAGACCAUGUUCCAGGCCGGGAAGUUGUGGGUGGAGCAGCUGGCAGCGGCCAAUAAGAACCUGUCCUGGCUCAGCUGGGCGCAUGCACACCUGGUGGAGAACCCGCUCUUCCUCUUUCUGUCUUCUGGCAUCUUCCUAAUCGUGAUUUACUUUCACAGUCAGGUGGUUGAUGGACAGAGGAAGAUCAUCGAGCUCCUUCAGGAACAGAUUGAAAAUGAGGGAGAAGAUAAGAAGUUUCUCAUCACGCGACUGCAGCACAUUCAUGAACGGAGACGAACGGUUUCACCACGCCAUGUUAGAGGAGCCAGUGAGGACUCAAGCUAUUCAUAAGUCAACCGCAACACUCUUCAUCAACUAAGUCGAGCAGCUUCCUGUUGCCUGUAACCAUGGAAACACACUGGAAAAAAACCAAAACAGUUUACAGUAAAACCUCUGCGUACACGACAGGACAUCAAACAUAACAGAGAAAUCUGUGUUUCUAGCUCAAAGGACCGAGCACAAGUAGAGCACUCUGUAAUCAAGAAAGUUCACGAUUUAACAGAUGCCACAGUACUGUGAUUAUGUACUGACAGCUCAGAAAUCUGUGUUCGAUACAGAAUUAUACUGUUGAUUGGAAGCUUUUCCCUUGAAAACGUUUCACUGUAUAACACUUGCUUGUUUGGUGAGCACAUCUUUGGAAAUGCACACUUUACUUUGGUGAUGGUGUCAUAUUUGUCAUUAAGAAACCUAACAUUACUGUGAAAAGUGGAAAGAUUUAACACUCGCUAUGAUAUUUCUCUCCCGCUCUCAAACACUGGACCUUCCCCUUUUUUAUACUGUGAUUUAUAAUAUUUUCUAAAAAGCCAUUUUAAAUAAACAUUUUUUAAUUAAUCUUAGCUUUUUUUUAUUUUUUUUUAUUGAUUCUCUUAGUAGGACAUUCAAUAUGAAUUCAGAAAAAACACUUUUUUUGCCAUGAUGAUAAUAUAUAUUUUAUGAGGGCACAUUACAACAGGUAUGUACACUAUACAUUUCAGAAAUACUCCAAUAUAAUUCACAUAAAAAAACAUGUAGCUUAAGUUUGUUUUCUGUAUGAGCAUUUUAUACAAAUCACAAUAUAAAAUCUCAUUGUAAAUACUCUCCAGUCACAUGACGGAAUAAACAUUAAAAUGUGCUUAUAAAUGU